UGAAACAGAAAGCAGAAGUCUGAACGCAAGGGAAACAGCUCGCUCAGAAUUCUGAUUAGCUACUUGUUGAUACUACAUCACUUUAAACUGUGAGCAGGUAUUGGAUCAUUUUGUCCUUGUGCAGGCAUUACUGUUGGAACUUCUUAGAGUGGUCAGACACACUGGAAAAAAGAAGUGAAAACCUGCAUUCCAGGGCUCGCUAAUAACUGAAAGAGCAAGCAAGAAAGAAAAAAUUCCCUGCUCCACUGCCACCCUGAAGAUGGUUAAUGCAGUCUUUCUCCUGCUAGUCCUGCUGUAUCCCAAUCUCAGCACAGAAUGGCCCACGCACACAAUCUGCAAGGAGGACGAUUUGGAAAUAGAUUACAGAAGUUGUGAUCCCUUGCAAGAUUUUGCUUUAAGCAUCGACCGUUGUUCAGAAAUAUCAUCCCAUACUUUAAACAUCAGAGCUGGGAUGCUCCUGAGACACAAUAUCAAGGCACUGUACCUGAAAGCUAAUCUUAUCAUAAAUGGCAGGAGUGUCUUAUCCUACUCGGAUUCACUUUGUGAGCCAGAUCAUCCAAAGUUUCUUUUCUGCGGAAAGAAGAAAGGAGAACAACUCUACUAUGAAGGACCCAUCAGUCUGGGAAACUUUGAAGUCCCCCAAGGAGAUUAUGUUGUUUCACUGAAGCUGGUCAAUGAAGAUCGUUUCACUGUUCUUUGCGCUGAUUUUACCAUAAAAAAUCAUCAAGACUAUCCCUUCCCAUAAAACAAAGAGACAUCCAGAAAUCCUUUCAUGUAAGCUGUAGGCUACCAAACUUAUUUGAGGUGCAUAGCUAAGAAAGCCAGUUAUAUGCUAAAGUG